AUGUCUCAAUAUGCGGCAGAAUUGUGCAAGCUGUUGAUUACGGACAAUUUCGGGGAGCUAUAUGCUCCUCUGCCUCGCAUUGUCCAGAAUACACGUCUGUCCCCCCGACAAGUUCGACACGGCCUAGCUGUGCUUAUCCAGCAACGGCUCAUCUACCACUAUACAUCGCUGGACGAUGGUAUCGCGUACUAUGAAGCUAGCUGGAUGACUGCAUACAAUCUGGUACGGUCAGGCAGGAUUUUGCAAUUGGUGGAAGAGAAGCUCGGGAAAUAUGUUGCGAAGGUGCUGUCAACAAUCCUGUAUCAUGGCCAUGUGAGGAUCAGCUAUUUGGAAACUCUGCCUGAGCUACGACCUCAAGUCUCAAGUAAAGCGGGGAAACUCGUAGCUGCAAACGGUUUAAAUGGAAUCCAUAGCGAUGAGGAAGAGGAGGAGGAGGAUGCUCACGUUACGGACCAAGGGGAGCAGGAGGAAUAUGCAUCUGGAAGGCCGGAAAAUAGCGUCGAUAGCGAUUACGGCAAGCGCUCAGCCUCGCAACUUCAUCCUGCCCUACGUUCCCUUGCCGCCUACGGAUAUAUUAUGCGAGUGCGCGAUGCCCAUUUUCAGAGCCCGGCAGAUCUUGUAGAGGACGCUGAAAGGGCUGUCAGUUCUCGAUCUGACGUCCGUGGUCUAAAAGGGAAGAAAUUUCAAGAGGCCAUCGAUGCUGGAGUGGAGACAUAUAUUAAGGAGAAGACGGAUGGAACUAUUCCCCAAGGGCCACUGGCCGGCGCGCUACCCCGCGGCAUUAAGAGACGCGCAGGACAAUUGGCAACGAACUCGUCAAGCAAGAGGGUGAAGCUUGAACAUCUUCCGGAGGGCGACGAGGAUAUCGACGACGAUGAUUUUUACGGUGAUGACUAUGUAGAUGGUGAUAACACCUUAAUGGACCCCAACAUGAUCAUCAGUGUCAACUAUCAAAAGUUCGAAGUGGCAUUACGAAAUCGACGAUUAGCAAGAUUGGCUGAACAGUGCACUUCCAGAGUGACAUCUCAGGUCUAUGAGGCUCUCCUGGGGAGGAUUGAGCUUAAAACUCCCGCGUGCCGGAAACAGCCGGAGCGUGUUCCCGAAGGGGAGGAAAACGAGCAGUACUCCGUUGCCAUCCCACUACAUACCAUUUUGGAUGACAUAGACCCCGACUUAGACCUCUCAGAGUCUAUGGCUGGAGUGGACCCGGCCAACCUUCUUUCAAACGGACACAUGGGUCUCAACGGAGACGGCAAUGGCGAUGACGACGAUGACGAGAGCACUGGUGCGAGUACAGGUAUUUGGAAUCGCCGCAGGAACCGCGUCUACGAACUAGAACAACACCUCUCCCUCCUCGCCCAGGAGCCGAAUAUCUUCUCCACUCGCAGCAUGCAGUCCGGCAUGAUCACCUGGGCCGUUGAAUUCCGCCACCUCGCCCGCCGCCUCCGCCACCUCGAAAUCGAACGCAUCAUCGAAUCUCGUUUCGGCACAAUUGCCGUCCGUGUCAUCCGCGUCCUUGCCGCAAAGGGCAAACUGGACGAGAAGCGCCUGCAGGAAAUCAGCCUGAUGGCGUCCAAGGAACUUCGCCAGGUUCUGGCGCGUAUGGAGGCGGCUGGUUUCGUCGAUUUGCAGGAGGUCCCCCGCGAUGCGCAGCGGCAACCCUCGCGGACGAUGUAUCUCUGGUUCUUCGAUCUAGAUCGCGUUGCGAGGAUGGUGCUGGAAGAUACGUACAAGUGCAUGUCGCGCUGUCUGCAGCGGAUUGGCGUGGAGAGAAAUAAGCUGAAGCUCUUCCUGGAGAAGACGGAACGAACGGAUGUUAAGGGAAAUGAGGAGAAGUAUUUAUCGCCUGCUGAGCUGAAGACCUUGAAGGAGUGGCGGGAUAAAGAGGCUCUGUUACUGGGGGAAGUAGGGAGGUUGGAUGAGUUGGUUUCUGUUUUGAGAGACUAUUGA